AGCUGGACAGCAGCCUCUAACAAAGAGAAGGUGGCAAACAGAAGACGAGGAGAAGCAUUUGUUGUUGUUUUCUCCCUCAAUAACAGCGUUAAGUGUGUUACUAGAUAAAGGACUGGAAUAUCGACACCUGUGUGUGAAAUAAGUGAUGGAGCCUGAUAUGCAGCGUGAUAAGCAGGAGGCUGUUGAUGUCAUCUCUUGGGUGUCGGUGUGUCCUGGCGGCCUCUGGAGGGUUCAGCAAAAACUGACGCAUGAGUCGACGCAACAGAGCUCACCUAGCACGGAAGAUGAUACAUCUUGUUUACCUAAUAACUGUCCAAAGCUGGGCUCACUGUGUCGAGUCAGAGUGCAACUCAAAGCCUUGACCAAUGAUGCAGACGGGUCAACAAAAGGAAACGAAAAGUUAGACGUCACUGUUACAGAAUUAGUGCCAACACCGAUUGUCCGUCGUCAGGAUGCUCCGCUGCAGGUCCUGCUCGGUGACUGGAUAGUUUUGAGGUUGGGUGAGGGGCAGUGCGACAUCACAGAGGCCUGUUUGGAGGGCAUGAGAGCAGGAGAGAAAUGUGAGAUACAGCUUACUCCUGUUGGAAAUGGACAAGAUUCCUCUGUUCACCAUACUUCAAAUGAAGACCUUCCUCUUGUUGCCACUGUUGAGCUUCAAGCUUUCACUCCAGGAAAGGAAUCCUGGGAGAUGUCCCCCGCGGAGAGAUGGGAGUGGAUAAAAUCGCACAAGGAGAGGGGUGGAGGUAGAUUUAGGAGCGGAGACGUGUGGGGAGCAGCAGACAGCUACGGCCGGGCCCUCAAACUCCUUAUACCCCUUUGUGGCCUUGCUGGUGAGCUGGAAGACGGCAGUCUUUUGGAGGAAACACAGCAGCUUCCCUCGUUUGAUCAGCUCAAAAUGAAGAAAGCUGAGCUGCACUCCAAUUUGUCUCUGUGCCAGCUGAAACUGAACCAGCCACAGCGAGCCAGAGACAGUGCAGCCCAAGCCACUCAGCUCGAACCUUGCGCCUUCAAAGCCUGGUAUCGACUGGGCCAGGCGUGCCAGAAGUUGAAUGAGCUGGAUGAGGCUAAAGAGGCGUUUAAGAAACUUCUGGAGCUACAACCGGACCUGCCGGCUGCUGUGAAAGCACUGAAAGAAAUAACAAGUAGAGAAAAAGAGAGAAAUGUGGAGCUAGGAUUGAGACUCAGUAAAAUGUUUAGCUGAAUAUGGAGUAUUACGCUAAGUUAGAUUGCCUCAUUUGCUUUAAGUGCAAUUAUAAUACUGCUGUUGUCUCAAAGUAGAGUACAAAUUUGUGAGUUUCCUUAAUAGAGUUUUGAAUAAUAAACAAUAU